AUGGCCAGGCGCAGCGGAGCAUUCGCGCUCGUUGCGGCGCUGUGCUUGCUCGAGCUCGCGCGGCGAGGGCUCGCCGAUGAGCCUGCCGUGCCGGCCAUGUUCGUGUUCGGGGACUCCACGGUGGACGUCGGCAACAACAACUUCCUGGCGAACUGCAAGCUCGUCUGCAGAGCCAACUACCCGAGGUACGGCGUCGACUACCCGUUCCAGUCGCCGACGGGUCGGUUCAGCAAUGGAUACAAUUUGGCCGACCAGAUCGCGCAAAAUCUUGGCUUCGACAAGAGCCCGCCACCGUACCUGUCCCUGCCGGACGUGACCAUCAUUUCGCAGAUGAGCAAGGGCAUCAACUUCGCGUCAGGGGGGUCAGGACUGCUUGAUAGCACGGGCGGAGCAGUGUGCACGGAAGUGUUCAACAUGAGCGCCCAGGUGCAGAGCUUCACGUCGGCCGUGCAGAAGAUGGGGAACGGGACGGCCGAUCUCAUCUCCAAAUCUCUCAUCUUCAUCAACACCGGCAGCAACGACUUGUUCGAGUACACCGAUAUCCCGUCAAACACCACCCGCAACGACACCGAAUUCUUGCAGAGCCUCGUCGUCUUCUACAAGAGCCACCUGAAGGAGCUGUACGGCGCCGGGGCGAGGAAAUUCAGCGUGGUCAGCCCGUCGCUGGUGGGAUGCUGCCCUUCGCAGAGGGCGAUCGCGCGCGCCAAGAACGACCUCGACGGCUACGGCUGCUACCGCGCGGCGAACGGCCUCUCCAGGCAGCUCUACCCGAUGCUGGACUCGAUGCUGCGCGGCCUCGCCGCCGACCUGGGCGGCAUGCGUUACUCCCUCGCCGACUCCGUCCGCAUGGCCGAGCUCAUCUUCAACGGCACGGUCCUGCCUGGCGCGAAUUUCACGGUGCUGGACAAGCCGUGCUGCGGCGGCGGCGGCGGCACGGGCGUGUGCAACCGCACGGCGGCGCUGUGCGAGGACAGGCGGGCCUACCUCUUCUGGGAUAACAACCACCCUACGGAAGCCGCGUCGCGCGUCGCCGCGCUCGAGCUCUUCGCCGACCCUGGGGUGUUCGUCCACCCAAUCAACGUGCGCGAGCUGGCGGAGCUGCGGACGUAGGAAGGGCGCACGGACCAGGACGUGAUGAUACGUAAUAAGUGGUGGUGUGCUGUUCUAUGGAGAGGUUAUUAGUACCGUGCAAUUCGCACAUCGGCGUGCUGUCGUACGAGUUUUAUCAUGCAUUUGUUGAGAUUGAUCAUUCACUCUUAAACAAG